GCGUGUGCGCGCACUGGCGUUCGCGCGCGUAUAGACAAUAUAAACGUAUUAGUCGCGUGUACUUAUCGUUAGUAUUAGUUCUAAUAGACACCGCUACUACAUUACAUUAAUGUGUCGAACGAAAUUCACCAAUAACCAUCAUUACCGCGUUCAACUCUUUUACGCACAUUUAGUUAAAUAGGUAGGUGUUUACGUUACACGUGCGAAACAGUUACGUAUUUUCAUCGUUUUUAAACUAUGGACACGUCAUGGGAACAUUGGAAAACGGUAUCCUUACUUGUUUGUGUGUUCGCUAUGGUCAGGGAAAUACGACCGAUUGAGCCGUUUUUCACAACAUACCUAGAAAGUUUGAAUUUCACUUUGGACCAGGUUAACGAGCAGAUAUACGCCGUGGGAACUUACUCGUGUCUGGUGCUGGCGGUCGUCAUAUUUCUGAUCACAGAUUACCUCCGAUACAAAACGCUCAUUGUCGCGGACGGGAUUGCCGGGAUUUUUACGUAUGUAUUGCUGCUCGGAACUCCCAGUUUGACGAGGAUCCAAGUAGAACAAAUGUUCUUUGGAUUUUUUUAUUCAUCAGAAGUUGCGUUCACUACGUAUUUGUAUGCCAAGGUCGACGACAUUCGUUAUUAUCAAAAGAUCACCAGUCUAGUGAAAGCAUCUAUGCUAUUUGGCAGAUUCCUGUCUGGACUAAUUGCGCAAACUAUUGUUUCCACACAUUUAUUGAAUUAUAUUCAUCUAGUGUACAUCAGUAUAAUUAGCACUUCAUUUGUAACGGUUUGGGCGUUAUUUCUUCCUAAAGUACAACAUAGCUUAUACUUUCAUAGAAAUAAAAAACCAUCAGAAAAUGGUAAAUCGGAUUAUCAGAUCAAUGAGACUAACAUCAACGACAAUACACCAAAUGAUGUUAGUAAAACUUCAAAAGUUGAUAAGCUUAGAGAAGUUAAACAGAUUAUUAUUAACGAUUUUCAUUCUGCAUACAGUAAUACGUAUGUAUUGAAAAAAUGUUUUUGGUGGAUAGUUGCCGUUACUGGACAUCUUAUAGUCGGGACGUACAUUCAAGUUUUAUGGGAGGACGUGAACAGUAACAAAGAUGAUUUGAUGAAUGGUGCUGUGGAAUCUAUGCAUACUCUUUGUGGUGCAACAGGUGCAUAUGCAGUUGGUCACAUAAAUUACGAUUGGAAAAAAUUUGGUGAUAUUAUAUUUACUAUUGGAUCAUUUGUUUUGGCCAUAUUACUAUUUGUAAUUUAUUAUUGUGAUACGUUAUGGGUAUUAUACGUUUUAUAUAUAGCCUACGGUACUCUAUAUCAGAUUUUGUUGACUAUCACUACGUCUGAAGUUGCAAAAUACAUAAAACCCGACAGCUACGGGCUAAUAUUUGGUUUCAAUUUGUUCGUUUCAUUGUUUUUAAUCUCAAUUUUUACAUUAUUAUUUAUCCAAGGAUUUAUUGUUUCUAUAGGAACAAAAAACCAGAUACUAACAGUUUCCCUGGUAUUUACUUCGAUGUCUAUAUUAUAUCUCAUCAUGGUUAUUAGAAAAUUGAAAAAAUAAGUAUACGAUCAUACGGAAUAAGAAAUAAAAAAAUGAGUCAUCCUAAAUUAUAUAUUGAGUAUUAACUUAUGUCAUAUAAGUAUUAUGUCUUGACUUAUUUUAAUUUAUCAAUCAAAUAGGUAAAUCACAACUAUAUUAUUAUUGCUGUA